UGUCAUGGUCAGCGUGGACGUGCUGAAGCGCGACCAAUGGGAAGAAGAAAAUGCUGUUUUCGCGAUCAAUCCGAUGGGUCUGCCGCUGAAAGAGCUCCGACGCCUGAAGGAUCAGUUUCAAGAUGAAGAGGGUCAGCCCGUGAAACUGGACGAACAGAAGUUUGUGGAUGCCUUGCUUUCUCGGCUGAGCUCCGCAGGAACUUCCCAGAAUGAGCGACAGCGUUGGGACUCCGAGCUGCGAACUUUGUUCAAAAAGAUCGACGCUGGAUGUUCAGAGACCGUGACUUGGGAGGAGUUUACAAACUACAUGCUCUUCCAUGUUCCCGGCUUCAAUUCUGGUGAUGGUGCCUGUGAGCUUUCACACAAUGCUGCCGCGGCCGAAGCUCUGGCUGGCGCCUGGCAGUGUGGCCAUGCGGACAUGAUCAACAACAUUGCUGUUGUUCCAGACCUUGGGACUGGCGCCGGUGGUGCCGGAGGUAGCUCAGGCAGUGGCUCAAGAAGGUACAUCACUGCAGGGCGUGAUGGGUUUGUGAAGGUGUGGCACCCAAAUCUUACCCUUCACAAAGCAAUUGAUGUUGGCAACACCACUAGCUGGCUUUCAGCAUGCUGUUGGAUGCAGAAGUCAAGAAAGUUGGCAGUUGCCUCUUCAAGCUUCCGGAUCUUCUUCUACGAUAGCUCUUUCAGUCAGAUUACUCACAUUGACCACAAGGAUGGGACGCCUCUUUGUUUGGGAUACACUGAGACACACGAAAACAAAAGCCCGGAGAAAGAGAUUCUCAUGGUCGGCGAUGACAAGGGGUACGUGACCGUUUUCCCUUUGGAUGCAGCUGACUGGGACCAAGAGCCCAAGCCUGAUGGGAAGCCUGAAGGAAAACCGGGCGACGAGGGCUUGAAGAUCAAAAAAGCGUCUCGCGUCAAGUACCACAAAGACUGGGUAACCAAGGUCGGGUUUGUGUCGCAACUCCAAGCAAUGGUUACCUGUGGCCUGGAUGGUGAGAUCAACAUUUGCGAUGUUCAUACCAAUCAGCGAAAAGAGGGCCGGGACGCAGUCCGCCUCCACAAGAAAGGAGUGCACUCCUGGUGUUGGUGCAAGAGCUACAAGUUCUUCGCAUCUGGAGGCUCGGACCGGCAAAUUAUUAUCUGGAAUCCAUAUACGCAGAAAGCAAUGAAUUACCUCCAAGGGCACAAUGCUCCCGUGCUUGAUGUGUUGGUCAAUGAAGCGCAGCACCAACUUAUCUCCAUGUCAGUUGACAAGGUUGUAAAGGUUUGGGAUAUACUGAAUUAUCAGUGCAUCCAGACCUUCACGGACAAGACUGAAUACAAACCCGAGGACAGGUUGACAUGCAUGGCUUUCGAUGAAGAAGGUCCAGCUUUAGUGCUUUGCUCCAGCUUGAUCAAUGUUCUCCCUGUCAGCGUGAAGGUAGAAACGAGUCGCACACAUUUGGCGCCCAUUGUUGGAGCGCUCCACAACGAUGUGUUCCACCAGAUCAUUUCUGGAGAUAACAUGGGAACCAUUUCAGUGUGGGACAUCCAGACUGGAAAGCUGGAAUUUGAGUUUCGACGUGCUCACCAGGAUCACAAGAUGACUUGCAUGGCCUUUGACCGGUCAAAGCGAUGUCUUUAUACAGGGGGAGAGGAAGGGGCUGUCAAACUUUGGAAUUUCUCUUCCGGACAGCAAUUGCGCACGUUCACCAUGAAGCAGCCGGCAGAGAUCCGCAGCCUCUUGUGGGCCAAAGAAGGUCCUAAUAGCUUUGUGGUUGGACUGGCAUGGGACAGGCGCUGCACGGAUCCAUGCAUAAAAAAGACGAAGUCUGCUGAAGUGUGCGAAGCCAAUGCAUAUCUUUUUCAAAAACUUUGCAGCAGGCGCAUUUAUGUAUGGCCUGACAGCCGGAAGCAAAUCGUUUGCUACUUAAAGACUCAGGGAACAACAGUGGAACAAGAGGCAGGUCUGAUAGUUUCUUUUUUCAGAGACUGUGGAGUGGAAGCACAGUUUUGCAUGUAUGAGGUUCAAUUCAGAAGGCAACGAUUGUGGAACUGUAGACCGUUGAAAAGUGUAUUGGAACGUGCGUUGUAG